GUGUGUGUGUGUGUGUGUGAGCGUGAGCGCGGGGGCCCUUUCUAGGUUCGCCGAGGAGUUCCUGCAUAUUCUCGUCCCGUCCCGGCUGCUUUGGCUGGGGCUCCCUCUGUUUGCGCGCGCGCAUCUCUUUUUAACGUUCCACUCUGAUUUCGUCUUUCUCUCAAUUUGCUUGCCUAAGACUCUGCUCUCGUCCUUGCCCUGGCUGGGGUAAAUCUGUGCGCGUUCCUCUCCCCCACCCACCCCCCGCCCCCAACUCGCAGCUGACAUUUUCUUCUCUUUUUAAAAUUUUAACCUGUACCCACUUCGGCGGGGUCCCUGAGGACGAUACUCCCUAAGCCCCUAUCUAUCAGUGGGCCACUCCCAGCUGAGUUUUAUUUUUCUGUCUUGCCCGGGCCGAGCCCGGCCAGGGCGGGUGGCUCAGCGGGGCUGGUACCCGGCGCUCCGCCGCCGCCGCCCAGCUGCGCGGGGGCGCCCUCCGGAGAUGCUGCCGUGGAAGAAACACAAGUUCGAGCUGCUGGCCGAGGCACCGCCACGGCAGGCGUCCAAGCCCAAGGGCUACGCGGUGAGCCUGCACUACUCGGCGCUCAGCUCGCUGGCGCGGGCGUGCCCCGAAGGCGCGCUCAGCCGGGUGGGCAGCAUGUUCCGCUCCAAGCGCAAGAAACUGCACAUCACCAGCGAGGACCCCACUUACACUGUGCUCUACCUGGGCAAUGCCACCACCAUCCAGGCGCGCGGCGACGGCUGCACUGACCUAGCGGUGGGCAAGAUCUGGAGCAAGAGCGAGGCGGGACGUCAGGGCACCAAGAUGAAGCUGACUGUGAGCGCGCAGGGUAUCCGCAUGGUGCAUGCUGAGGAGCGCGCGCUGCGCCGCCCGGGCCACCUCUACCUGCUGCACCGCGUUACCUAUUGCGUGGCAGACGCGCGGCUGCCCAAGGUCUUCGCCUGGGUAUACCGGCACGAGCUCAAGCACAAGGCGGUAAUGCUGCGCUGCCACGCGGUGCUGGUGUCCAAGCCCGAGAAGGCUCAGGCUAUGGCCCUGCUGCUGUACCAGACGUCGGCCAACGCGCUGGCGGAAUUUAAACGGCUCAAGCGGAGGGACGAUGCGCGUCACCAGCAGCAGGAGCUGGUGGGCGCGCACACCAUCCCGCUAGUGCCUCUGCGCAAGCUGCUCCUGCACGGACCCUGCUGCUAUAAGCCACCGGUGGAACGCAGCCGCAGCGCGCCUAAGCUGGGCUCCAUCACCGAGGACUUGCUCGGUGAACAGCAGGAGCAGGAGCUGCAGGAGGAAGAGGAAGAGGAGCACACGGAGAGCUGCCUGGAGGAGGAGGAGGAGGCGGACCGUGCUGAGGAGGGGGACGCGGCAGCGGAAGAGGCCGAGGCGCAGCGAGCGCUGGUGGUGGCCAUGCACUUGGAAUGCGGGGACUUGCUGGACACGCUGGAAAGUGGCCGCGAGGAGGCACUAGGGGGCGGCGGGGUCUCCCUGGGCCCUGGGGCUGGGCCGCCGCCUCUGCUGCUGGGCAGCGCCACGGACAUGAAGGCCGAGCUGUCUCAGCUUAUUAACGACUUGGGAGAACUCAGCUUCGGCAACGACGUGCGCAGCCUGCAGGCCGACUUGCGGGUGACGCGCCUGUUGUCCGGCGAGAGUACCGGCAGCGAGAGCUCCAUCGAAGGCGGGGGCCCGGACGCCACCUCCCCUGCUACCGCAGCGGACCGGUCGGGCCCUAACGAAGGCGCUAACCCAGAGGAGCCCCACUCGGGUUGAGAUCUCAGCAGCCCCCUGUGCGCACCCCUCGCGCCCCACCAUGACUCCUCACCUGUCUUUUGGACAACACCCAUCUCCUCCGUCCCCCGCCCGCCCCCAGGAAAGGGGAAAUGGGACACUUGAGGCCCAGAGUUGCCCUGGCCCUCUCCUUCAGCACACUUGGCUCUGUUUGAAGCGGGGCUCAGGUUGCGUGUGGAGAUGUGCGAGGGUUCAGACUGCACGGAGGGAGAGAGAGACAGGGCUGGGGGCGUGGGGGUGGGAGGCGGGCGGACGGUGAGAAAAGGGCCCGCUGGUUAGCAAGGGAUGCCUGCCGGCUGGCCAGUUUCCUGUUUGUGGGGCAGCUGGGGCCUGAGGAAGAGGGGUUAAUUUCCUCCCCGACCAGACCCAGUAACAGGGAGCGGCCUAGCGCUGUCAUUGACAUGUCAUUAAAAAACAUGUUUUUUUUUCCUCUCUCUCUCUCUCUCUCUCUCUCUCUCUCUCUCGCAACGUUUGAGGCUGUAAUGCCACCUCCUUGCCCCCAGUCUUUUUGGUGCGAGAGCUUGGGUUGUUUACCUCAGACUCAGACCCUUGAAAUUCUGCCAAAUUCCUCAAAUAAUUGUUUGGGGAUGGUGGGGGGGGGAAUGGAAGAAAGUUGCAUUUUGUUUACAGUUAAAGACGUCUAAUAUCUUUAAAACAACAAAAAAGGAGUUUUUUUCACACACCUUCCUCCUGCUCAAAAGAUCUCCCUCCAUGAUACUGUGUAAAAUAUUUUGCACUGUUGUGAAGUAUUUUUGACAUUUUUUUUGUACAUAACUGUGUUCUCAGAGCUAAAUGUUUAUAUCUUUUGCUGUGCAAAAGGGACAUGUAAAAUGUUGUUCAGCUAUAUAUACAGAAAUGGGUAUAAAACAUUUUGUUUUUUUUUAAGAGUAGCACUGCUCUGGUUGUGUUUGCACGCCAGUGGGGAGAGAAUAAAGAGGACAAUGUCACAGAA